AAGAGAUACAACGCACUGGCUAUGCGACGAACGGCCAUAUAUUAAAAAAAAAACACCGGGAGUCGUUUACUUUUGUGGCGCGUUAGGGCGUGUACGUUCUGAUGAAGUCGGCCCUCCACAUCCUCUUGGGCGUCGGGACGAGACGCCUCGUGCGCGCGGCCGAGCUGCCACCGCACUGUAAGCAAAGACAAAUCAGGAGCCCGGUCUCAUGCGACCUACGCUACGGACGCAUUCACAGUAGGCAAUACUCGAUUCGAGACCGGUAUGUCUUUCCGGUCAGGGAGGAGGAGAGGCUUGCCGCAGUUCAGUCCGAGGAGCAAAAACUCCAAGAACAAGCGCUUCGCGGACACAAAAGACGUAAGAAGCGCCUUCAAGGAGCGAGGAAUGUCGGCCAAGGGAGCCACGCGGCCGAACCAGGAUUCGAUGUCAAAUGCGCGAUUCUGGACCAACCCAUCGUUCCGGAAGGGGCGAAAUCUCUGUCUAUAGCCGUCAUCGGCCCGGCUAACUCCGGAAAAUCCACCUGGAUCAAUCGCAUGUGCGGGGGAAAAAUUUCUUCUGUGUCGAGAAAACCUCAAACGACUCGAAAAUCGAUCAUCGGCAUAGCGACCAUCGAUAAGACCCAGCUUGUCGUCAUCGAUACCCCCGGAUUAGUCCCCAAAGAAUUCGCUAAAAAGUACAACCGUCAAAUCGCCACGGGCGCGUGGGAUGCACUCGACUCGGCUGGCGUCGUGCUGGUCAUCGUUGACUGCUUUAAGAUCAUAGAUCAGGUACUGCGCGAAUUGAUCCACAAGCUAGACGAAUACAUGCAGAACCGGUCCAAGAACCCCUCCAUGUCACCGAUACGCGCCAUACUGUUUUUGAACAAAUAUGACAGAUAUGAAGUGUAUAAAUCGAGGAACGCUAGAAUGUAUCCUGUCAUAGAUCGCUUUCGCAAGCACAUUCCGUCCCUAGAUAGGAUUUUUGAAAAAAUCUACUACGGAUCUUCGCUGACCGGACUCAAUUUUGAUAAGCUCAAAAACGCACUAGUAGAAAUGGCGCCCCUCCGUGAGUGGGAAUACGCGAAGGAGGUCGUGACAAAUCAAUCUCGUUUGGAAAUCGUACAAGAAGUCAUCAAAGAAAAAAUUUUUCGGCAUCUAAAUCAAGAACUUCCAUACGGCAUUCGUCAAGAAAGCGUCUCUUGGAUAGAAGAUCCGGUGCGCGGGAUCACAAAAAUAGACCAGAAGCUCUACGUUCCUAAACAAUCUCAGGUGGGAGACGCGGAAACGUGAUUCACGCCAUAAGGCACGAAGCAGCGAGGGACUUGGAGACGCUGCUCGGAUCUCUGGUCAUACUGAAUUUGAGAGUUUCGGUUAGAAACACAGACGUGGAGCCCGGACUCACGGAGACGGGGUAAACAUACAAGACCCCAUUAAGAAACGCCAACUGCUAUGUCGCAGCGUGCAAGAGUUAUUUCCCGUUUUUUCCUGAAAAAUGUGUAACGAUAACAAAAAUAAUUUUUUCUGCUAUUGUUUGCCAUAUGGCAUGCGCUGCAGGAUUGCCUGUAAA